CUGGUGUACAUAAUGAGCUCCAGGCCACCCAGGAAUAUAUACUGAGACCUGUCUCAAAAACAAAGAAAGACACACAAAAAAGAGUACUGCAAUUUAUAUUGGGGUACAUAAUGAAGAAGUGUUUAACACAAACUCAAAAUAACUUAUGACUCUAUUUUGCUAUGCAAAUCAACGAUUGGACGUCUCAUCAUAGAUAUCACAGGAUUUGCUUUUCCAGUUUCUCCAUAUUCAAGAAUAAGAACAGUAUCUCAGUUAUCUCAACUUUCUCUAAUACAUUUAAGCCUUCUCGGCACAGGGACGAUUUCUUGACUUUCUUUACAUCGCCAGCACCUUGGACAGUACUGGCCACAAACCAGUUCAUAGCAUCUGUUUUACAGCCUGAAAUGAUUUCCUUGUGAUACCAUAUUUGAUGUCAUUGGAGAUAUAAAUUACCUAGGCCUAAAUAUGCUUUCAUUUCACUGUGACAAACUGCUCCUGUGCAAAUUACUCUCCAAUCAUUGUCAUUUCACUCUUAAGACAGGAUUUAUACUUACAAAGUCUCCUGCUAAAUUAACACUAGGCUAGACACGUUGUAAAAUAUCUAAGUCUUAGCUCGCACAAAACCACCACAACGAUGUAAGAGAGGUUUAACGCCUAAAAAUGUCCUUUUAAUACAAGAUUAAUAUAUUCUUACCUGGAAGCUUGCAAGGGGAUUUUUAGGGACAGGAAGGAGGCUCUGGAGCCUGCUCUCUAAAAUAAAAUUAGAAGGAAAAGGAGAAAAUUUCCCUCAAAUUUUAAGAAUACUAUUACUGUGGAACAAUAUGGAUAAACGUAAAUUUGAAACACAUUUUUCUUAACUCCCUGGUCAGCUGAUACUUUAUAAAUACAUUCUUCCUGACUCCUAUUACUCAAGUGCACAACAGUUAAAAAAAAAAAUGUGGAUCCCAGAAACUCCCAGUUUGUUUUCACUGAAGAAACUGGCCUUUGGUGAGGGGAGGGCGAACGUGCUCGGUGCUACUUCACCGUCAUCAGCAAACAUACUCGCUUUGCACUAAAUUAAACCGUUCCUUCGUAUCUUUGCAAGAACCCUUUGUUUGUGGGACGGCGGGUCUGACAACCAUUGUCUAUUCGCGGAAAUGCCAUCCCAGGACUCCGCCCGAGAGCUGGGGGUGGGGAAGAAGCGCGGAGAGAUCGACUGAGAAUUAAAGUGAGUGAACAAAGAGAACUCCCGGCAGCCAGCGUGCGCCAGCGCCUCUCAGCUGCAUCAGGAGACUCCAGAGGGUCAAGCCGAGGGUGCAGGCUGCUCCAGCGGGCCUCCCAAGGAAAAGAGCUCAAGUAAAUAAUUGAUGGAGAUUGAUCGGACCCGAGACAAAGCAUUGCAGGAAACCAAUACAUCCGAUUUUAAGCGGUUUCGGAGUCUUCUGCCAAGUCCAGGAAAUGGGAGUGGAGCAAGGAUUUUGAUGAGCCAGGCUGACAAUUCUCCAUCUCGGGCGUGGCUCUGGCCUUUUUGUCUACUUGCCUCCCACCCGCUACCCCGGUUCCCCAUCCUCACCUUCUCUCUCUUCUUUCAGUAACCACUCCGGUUACUUCUCACCUGUCCUCCCUCCAAUCCCGCCCUCUUUCCAGCCCAGUCCGGUGAGGUCAGCUCAUGAAUACCCCUGCACUUCCUGGGGAUCGUCUGGCACGGCUUGGUACCCGGGCAUUGGCCUGAUGCAGUUGCAGUUCCAGCCCAGCCAAGCAUCGCCAGCUAGGAACCGGCUCCCAGAGUUCCGAGUCUUUGUGGUUACCGCCUUUGUUUGGAGAACCAGAGUGGGUGUGGAUCCGGUGCAAGCAAGCCUGCUCAGCAAGAAAGUCAACACUAUGAAGUUGAACUCUCCCUGAAAGAUAAACCCUGAGGACUCCAAAAUAUCAGGAAGAAAGCAGUGUUGAUUUGCAUCAACUUCCUGGAAGCAGCGCCUCUGCAGAGAACUUAGAAAGGAAGGUUGGUGGCAGAAAGGAGAGAAGAGGAUGAUCUAGAGAUGGACCGUUCCAUGUCGCAUCCGGUAGGUUCUUCCUAGACUGCCAUGAGUCAGCCACCGUCCGGGGGCGCUGCCCCAGCCGCAACCUCAGCUUCUGCUGCCGCCGCAGCCACGGAGGGUCGCCUGCACCCGGAGGGCAGCAGCAGAAAACAGCAGCGAGCUCAGUCACCUGCUAGACCUAGGGACAAUUCUUUCCGACAGACCGCCGCGGCCACGCGGUCCCCGCUUGGGGUCGGCACUAAACUCAAUUCCGUUCGGCAGCAGCAGCUGCAGCAGCAGCAGCAGCAGCAGCAGCAGCAGCAACAGCAGGGUACCAAGAUAACCGGUCGCGGCGCCUCUGGGGCCGGCGCUAGAGGAUGCGGAGGCGGGGCGGAGAAGGCGACGCCCGCGGUACCCAAAGGGGCUGCUCCCGGAGCUGUCCAGCCCGCGCCUGGUGCUGAAGGGCCCCCCGCGGCUAUCCUGGCCGCUGUGAGCGGCAGGAGGCCCGGGCCGCCCGAGGACCCACCCCGGGAGAUAGAGUCGGUGCCCUCGAAAGUCGGGGAACCCCCUCCGCUCGGGGGAGGAGGGGGAGGGGGCGGGGAAGGAGGAGGAGCCGGCGGCGGCCCGGGGGACCGGGAGGGGGGCGCUCCGCAGCCGCCACCGCCCAGGGCUUGGCGAGGGAAAGGCGUCCGCGCCUCGCAGAGGGGUAGCAGCGGCGGGGAGGGGGUCUCCCCUGCGCCAUCCACCGCUGCUACAAGCAGAGCCCCCGGCCCGGGCGGCAGAAACUCUGGAAGCGGCGUCGCAGGGGGCGGCAGCGGAGGUGGAGGGAGCUACUGGAAGGAGGGAUGUCUGCAGUCUGAGCUCAUCCAGUUCCAUCUCAAGAAGGAGCGGGCGGCGGCGGCGGCGGCGGCGGCGGCCGCGGCUCAGAUGCACACGAAAAACGGUGGCGGUGGCAGCCGCAGCUCCCCGGUCGCCGGCGCCCCUGCCAUCUGUGAGCCCCUUGUGGUCCCCUCCUCCUCCUCCUCCUCCUCCUCCUCCCCAAUGGCCGCCGCCGCCGAGGGCCCCCAGCAGAGCGCAGAGAGCAGCGGCAGCGGCGGGGCCAUGCAGGCGGCGGCUCCCCCAUCGUCGCAGUCCCACCCGCCGCAGCUCCAGGAGCAGGAGGAGAUGCAGGAGGAGAUGGAGAAGCUGCGGGAAGAGAACGAGACUCUCAAGAACGAGAUCGAUGAGCUGAGGACCGAGAUGGACGAGAUGAGAGAUACUUUCUUCGAGGAGGACGCCUGUCAGCUGCAGGAAAUGCGCCAUGAGCUGGAGAGAGCCAACAAAAACUGCCGGAUCCUGCAGUACCGCCUCCGCAAAGCCGAGCGCAAAAGGCUCCGUUACGCGCAGACGGGGGAAAUUGAUGGCGAGCUGUUGCGCAGCCUGGAGCAGGACCUCAAGGUUGCAAAGGAUGUAUCUGUGAGACUCCACCACGAACUGGAAAAUGUGGAAGAAAAAAGGACAACAACAGAAGAUGAAAAUGAGAAGCUGAGGCAGCAGCUUAUAGAAGUUGAAAUUGCAAAGCAAGCCUUACAGAAUGAACUGGAAAAAAUGAAGGAGCUAUCCUUAAAAAGAAGAGGAAGUAAAGAUUUGCCAAAAUCUGAAAAAAAGGCUCAACAGACGCCCACAGAGGAGGACAAUGAGGAUUUGAAGUGCCAGCUGCAGUUCGUUAAGGAAGAAGCUGCCCUGAUGAGAAAGAAAAUGGCCAAAAUUGAUAAAGAAAAGGACAGAUUUGAGCAUGAACUCCAGAAGUACAGAUCCUUCUAUGGGGAUCUGGACAGCCCUCUACCCAAAGGAGAAGCUGGGGGACCUCCUAGCACCAGGGAGGCCGAGCUCAAGCUUCGGCUGCGGCUGGUGGAGGAAGAGGCCAACAUCCUGGGCAGGAAAAUAGUGGAACUCGAGGUGGAGAACCGAGGCCUGAAGGCGGAACUGGACGACCUGCGGGGCGAUGACUUCAAUGGUUCGGCCAACCCCCUCAUGAGGGAGCAGAGCGAGUCCUUGUCUGAGCUGCGGCAGCACCUGCAGCUGGUGGAGGACGAGACCGAACUGCUGCGGAGGAACGUGGCCGACCUGGAGGAGCAGAACAAACGCAUCACCGCGGAGCUCAACAAAUACAAGUACAAGUCCAGCGGCCACGACAGCUCGAGGCACCACGACAGCGCCAAGACCGAGGCCCUGCAGGAGGAGCUGAAGGCGGCGCGCCUGCAGAUCAACGAGCUGAGCGGCAAGGUCAUGCAGCUGCAGUACGAGAACCGCGUGCUCAUGUCCAACAUGCAGCGCUACGACCUGGCCUCACACCUGGGGAUCCGCGGCAGCCCCCGCGACAGCGACGCCGAGAGCGACGCGGGCAAGAAGGAGAGCGACGAUGACUCCCGGCCUCCCCAUCGCAAGCGCGAAGGGCCGAUUGGCGGCGAGAGCGACUCGGAGGAGGUGCGGAACAUCCGCACCCUCACGCCCACCCGCUCCUUCUACCCGGCACCGGGACCCUGGCCCAAGAGCUUCUCCGAUCGACAGCAGAUGAAGGACAUCCGCUCCGAGGCCGAGCGCCUGGGAAAGACCAUCGAUCGCCUCAUCGCGGACACGAGCACCAUCAUCACCGAGGCGCGCAUCUACGUGGCCAACGGGGACCUGUUCGGACUGAUGGACGAGGAGGACGACGGCAGCCGCAUCCGGGAGCACGAGCUGCUCUACCGCAUCAACGCGCAGAUGAAGGCCUUCCGCAAGGAGCUGCAGACCUUCAUCGACCGCCUGGAGGUGCCCAAGUCUGCGGAUGAUCGCGGCGCCGAGGAGCCCAUAUCCGUGAGUCAGAUGUUCCAGCCCAUCAUUUUACUCAUUCUCAUCCUUGUAUUAUUUUCUUCACUUUCUUACACAACGAUAUUUAAACUCGUCUUCCUUUUCACACUCUUUUUUGUACUGUAAGCCCUUCAUCACUU